UCUUUUUUGUUACAGCAUGGGUGUGACUUUCAGCUCCCCCUCCCUGUUAUGUCACUACUUCAACUCCUUGGAAUCAGAAUAAAAACUGCAGCAAACUUCAGAGUCAUUGACUGCAGGCUCAACAAGAGUUAGGGCUUUUUGUCUUUGUGCAGCUUGCAAGGAUCUGUCAAGUUUUUUGCAAAAGUAACUCUGAGGAAACAAUGGUUAAGUUAUUGUUGUGGGCAACUUUUGGAUUAUGUUUUCUUAAGCUUUGUGAAGCACAGACACAAUUUAAUAUAAGUUGCAGAUAUGCUGGGGUUUUCCAUGUUGAAAAAAAUCGUCGCUACAGUCUUAUGAGAGAAGAUGCAAUUGUACUCUGCAGAGCUCUCAAUAGUACCUUGCCAACAAUGGAACAAAUGAAAAAAGCAUACCAACUUGGGUUUGAAACGUGCAGGUACGGUUUCAUAGAAGACAAAAUUGUACUUCCACGGAUCAACCCCUAUCACCUUUGUGCAGCAAACUAUACAGGGAUUUAUGUACUUUCAUCAAAUACAACACAGCCCUAUGAUACUUACUGUUACAAUGCAUCAGAAACAAGAGACAAAGCCUGUGAACCAAUUCAAAAGCUAGAUUUAAGUUUCGAUAACUCUUCACUUGCUGAUCAGAACCAAAUAGUCAUUGAUAAUGCAGAUGGCUCACGUUAUACCGACGGUGUGAAAAAUCCUGACCCAACACCAGCUGGCUAUGAUAAUACUGUGGGUAGUGGUUCAUCACAGGACACAAGUACAAUGAUUCAUGAUGAUCUUGCAUUGGAUUUUUCUGGAGCAGGCAAAAAGCAAUAUACUUCAACAGGCCCUGGUGAUGAAAACAUAUCAAUGGGUACUACAGCUUCUUCUAUUCCAAUGGAACCUAAGGAUUUUCCUGGAAAAGACAGUAACGAUCCCUACAAGCAGCAUCCCACAAGUUCUACUGUGGAUCUGUAUCGUAUUGAACCUCAGGAAGCUUCUGUACCAUCUCAGUGGAGUCCAAUCCAUUGGUCGUGGUCCCAUCAACAUCCCCAGGAACAGGAACCAACUCAGGCAUCAGGGGCAGAUAAGGAUUUAGACGACAGUUAUCCAGAAGAAGAAACUGAAGAUCCAUUUAGUUCUGAUUAUGUUUCUGGAUGGGAUGACGAGUACAAGGAAAAGAGUCCUUCAAUUACAACUAUGGAUUCUCAAAAUGCUAUAUUUCUGAAAAACACUACACAAUCUCAUUGGAGACCUGCCUAUAUAGAGGACAAGGAGAACAAGCCUACCUCUUCCAGCAAGGAUGUGGACUCCCAUGGUGAUGCAAAGCAAGUAGAUUCAACCCAAGAUCCUUUGUUGCAUAAUGUUCAUCUUGGAUGGGACAAGCAGGAGAGCAGUACCAGAAAUAGCACUGUGGAUACUGUGAAGCCUACACUUUUCCAUGAAGUGGAAAGUGGCCAUUCUUCUUCAGCAGCUGAGGACUCCAGCAAAGAAGAGCCAACCCAAGAUCCACUGUUCCUUGGUGUUCAUCCUGGAAGGAAUGUUAUAGACCACUCUCUCAAUGCCACCAAUGAUAAUGUGCUACCUGGAAUUACUCCUCCAACUAAAAGUGAACAUUCUCCUACAGUGAUCGCCAGUAAAGAAAAAGAACCUGAAGAUUCAACCGAAGAUCCGUUGUUUCACGGCAUUCAUCCUGGAAGGAAUGUUGUAGAUCAUUCUCUCUCAAAUGUCACUAAGGAUAAUGUACUAUCUGGAAUGUCUCCUCCAAGUGAAAGUGAACAUUCUUCAACAGCAGAAGACUCAAGUGAGGGUGCCAGACUUGAAGGCUCAACCCCUAGCUCACUGUCCCCUUUUGAAUCAGGAUGGGACAGUAAAGACAAAUAUCCCGCAAAUACCACUGGGGAUAGCAUGCUACAUGGACUUAUUCCUCCAAAUAUGAGAGAACAUGAAGAAAAUGAAACUUCUCAUUCAGCAGCUGUGACUUCCAUUGAUGGUUCCCUACGUGAACACUCAACCCAAGUUUCACCAUCUGUUGUGGAUCACCUAGGAGGGAGCACUGAGGAAAAGUAUCCCACAAAAACUAUCGAGAAGAAUGUGCUAUUUGAUCUUACACCACCAAGUGCAAGCAAAAGGGAAGAUCAAGCUACUCAUAGAGAUGUGACCUCCAAAUCUGAAGCCUCAACCCAAGGGUCGCUUUGGCAUGGUAUUCCCCCUGAAUGGGGAAAUGGAAAUGAGUCUUCCACAACUACCCCCAAGGAUGGUGUUCUACCUGGAAUUAUUCCUCCAAGGGAAAGGGAUCAUAAAAAUGACAGUUCUCAUACAGUAAACUCAACCAUCAUCAUAACAGAUGUUGUCUCCACUGAUGAAAGCUCAACCCAAGAUUCCCUGACACCAGCUCAUGAACCAGGAUGGGGACCUGAGGCCAAACAUCCCAUUAGUACUUCGAGGAAGAAUGUAUCACGUGAAACUACUCCACCAAAUGGAAAAAAAGAAGGAGCUGUGACUUCCACACCUGAAGCUUCAACCCAGGAGCCUCUUUGGCAUGCUAUUCCCCCUGAGUGGGACAAUGGAAAUGAGUAUUCUACAACUACCCCCAAGGAUGUUGCGUUACCUGGAGUUACUCCUCUAAGAGAAAGAGAUCAUAAAAAUGACACCUCUCAUACAGCAGUUUUCUUCACUGAUGCCAAACCUGAGGACACAACCCAAGAUUCUCUGACACCAGCUCAUAAACCAGGAUGGGAACCUGAGGCCAAACCUCCCCCUAGUACUUCGAGGGAACAUGUGUCACAUGAAACUGCUCCACCAAAUGGAAAUGAAGAAGGAAGUGAAUCUUCUCAUAUGGGUACCACUGUGACCUCCAGACCUGAAGCCUCAACCCAAGAGUCUGUUUGGCAUAAUAUUCCUCCUGAAAGGGGCAAUGGAAACGAGUAUUCUACAGCUACCUCCAAAGAUGUUGCACUACCUGGAGUUACCCCUCCAAAGGAUAGAGAUCAUAAAAAUGACACCUCUUACACAGUUGUGGAUUCCACUGAUGGUUCCAAAUAUGAAGCUUCAACCCAAGAGCCACUGACACCUGGAAGGGAUAAGGAAGACAUAUAUCCCACAAAGAAUACAAGGCCUACUGUGAUACCUAAUCUUUUUCCCGAAAUUGAAAGAGAUCCUGGCAGAAAACCCACCCCUCCAACUACCAGCUCUACAACUAAUAGAUCUGGCCGCAGAGGACCACACGUAGGAGUUAUGGAUGUAACUUCUUUUCCUGGGCAGUCCACAACAAAAGUAGUAAUUUCACAACCAAGAACAGCAAAGAUACCAGAUUGGCUGAUCAUUGUUGCUGCGCUUGUGGCUCUGAUAUUGAUUCUUGCAGUCUGCAUUGCUGUCAACAGUCGGAGAAGAUGUGGACAGAAGAAGAAACUAGUGAUUAACAAUGGCAAAGGGGCAGUGGAGGACAAGAAGAUAGGUGGACUGAAUGGAGAAGCCAGCAGGUCUCAAGAAAUGGUGCAUUUGGUGCAUAAAGAACAGUCAAAUGACCGAACGGGACAAUGUGAUGAAUUCCUGACCACUGACGAAACACAAAAUCAAGAGGCUGACACGAAGACUGGGGUGUAAUAAUGGUGGGCAAUCUUGUAGAUCAAGAGUUGGGGAAGUCAAAUUCUUAUGGAACUGGGACUGGAACCCACAGAUGCACUGUGCUACUGAUCUAUUUUGAGCAUAAUUAAGCAUACAUUUCCUGCUUCUUUUUACAUUUUAAAAAAUCAUGUCCAAGUUAUAAAAUUGACAAUGCUUUCUUAACUAAGCCCCUGAGCCAUGCAUAAAUCUUGCAGAUUCCAGUUCCUACCAGGAGGAUGCUCAUCUUCUGUUGUGUGUUAUGAGGGAUGGAAGUUUAUAUGAUGUUUUCCCCAGUUGUAAUACCUUCACUGAGUGAAGCUAUGGAAAUAUGUAGUCACUUCAACUUAGAGGCAUUUAUGGUAUUACAUUUAUCAUGGUAGAAGCAUAAGUGAGGAAGAAAUACUUAGAGAAAAAAAAGGUUAAAGGAAAAGACCCAUAAAAGAUUCUAUAACACUAGAAUCCUUCAAAAUUGCCUCGUGGCUCUGAAAAGUUUGGUCAGUGAAUUCCAGAGUUGCUGUUGCUUGAGGCAAACUGUGGCAUGUUAUGAUAUGUAAUGAGAGAACCCCAAAGCUUAUUUAUCUCUUCAUUUCUAAAAAUCCACGGACAUGCAAUGCCAAUAAUUCUUAUUAGGAAGUGGGGGUGGAAAUGGAGACAUGAAAACUUGAGUUGAUACAUAAUAAACUUCUAUACUUUUUAUCUUUAACGAUCUGUGGAGUUUCUUCAGUUUUGAAGCUGUAUUGCUCUUCCCCAUUGAUCAUAGUUUCAGUAUGUUUUUUUUAAUGCGCUUUGUUUGUUAGGAUGAUAAAUAAAUGCAGCGACCCCAGCUGAAACACCCAUUUAGAAAUCCAGCAAUAGGAAAGGAUCAAAGAAGAUAGGCAGUGUUUUGUUUCCUGUGCAAUAGGGCUGUAUCUCUCCCUGUACACAAUUUUUAUUUUGAGGCGCUGAGUCUAACACACAGCUUGUUUUUUGGCAUAAUUAUUGCAUGUUGCACCAUUUUGCUGAUAUUUUUAAAAGCCAAAUUAAAUUUAUGUGAUGUUCUUUUCUACUGUGAAUUCCACUUCAUCCAUCUUUUUUUUUUUAAAUUCUGUUUAUUAAAAAUGCCAAAAGAAAUAUUGUUCACUUGUUGGAACAAGAAGUUGGAAAUCUCCAAAAGAUCAAAGGAAUUGAAAGCAGACAACUCUAACAACAUAGAAUAGCUGCAGCUGCAUUGCCACAUGUUUUAAUUUUUUCCCCUUUGUAUGCCCAUUUAUGUAAAGUAUUUGUUUUAAGCUAAGAUGCUAUACAGUACAGUAUGUUUCUUUGUGCAAAUAUGCAGUCAGUGCAGUCCAACUGCCAUUAACAGCCUGUUUUCAACACCAUUGUCAAG